CGCAUAGGUACUUUUUGAUUGGCGCUCUUUUUACUUCGUGCUUCCUUCAUUCGCUCCGCUCUUUCAAUUUAGCAGAAAAUGGCUACCGAAGAAUUGGUGACUGAGCAGUUUCAAUUUUUAGGCAUAGAAGUCUCUAAAGAAGUUUUGAGUAAAUGUGUAAGUUUGUGCGCUGAAUACGAUGUUGAUGCUGAAACAUUUAUCGAGCAAUGGAUGGCAUUCAGUUUGACGGCGUUAAAUGGUGCAGGACCGACUUUAGAGAACUUGAAUUUGCUCGAGAAAAGGGAAUUAUCCAAACGGUCGGCGAGUCGAAACGCUUCUCUCAAUGAAGUACAAACUACCGGCACAAGUUUGACAGUUUAUGGCGCGCCCACCUCUAUACAACCAGAUAAUGAAGUGCUCUCAAAUUAUAUGAGUGAUGCCCCAAAGAGAGUAAAAUUAGAACAAACAGACCAAGGCUCAAAUCAGAUUGAACUACAUCCAGCCACAUAUUCGCCAAAUGUGGAUCGCUCAGGCAAAUACAGUUCCCGCACUAAUCAGGGUUCCGUAGUGCAUUCGUACGGCGAUGAGAAGCUGCUAGCUGCUAUAUCCAAUCCCACUUCUGCAAACGAUUUGCUAGAGUUGAACAUAUCGCAAGUACGUAACGAUGACGGAGACUUGUAUACUAAAGCCAUGUUUGGUUUUGAACUAUUACAUGAAAAGGCCAGCACAUUUGACAAUCACAUACGCUACAUAUCGCAGUGCAUCAUGAAGAAGAAUGCUUUCACAGAAUCCUCUUCAGUGAGGCAUAAAACUUUAACAGAAGUAGUAGUAGCGGGCAGAAUAGAGUGCGAUGCGGACGCGAGACUCAACUCCAAGAGCGUAGUUCUUCAGGGAACGUGGGACGAGUCGCUGAGCCUAGCUGUGCCUGUCGACUUGGACAGUGUCUCGCAAUACUCGUUGUUUCCGGGCCAAGUGGUGGUGAUGAGAGGCGUGAACCCGCGCGGGGACAAAUUUGUGCCGCAACAGAUCUACUGCGACGCCGCACGACCCAUACCCGACCCACAGGCUGACAUGAUGAACACGCUCAAAGGUACAAUGUCAAUAGUAAUAUCAGCUGGCCCGUACACCACAUCAAACAACAUGACAUACGAACCCCUUAAGGACCUGAUCACAUAUGUAGGCACGCAUAAACCACACGUGCUCAUCAUGACGGGCCCUUUCAUUGACAGCGAUCACGCCAAAGUGAAGGACAACUCCAUGGCGGAGACAUACAAGUCCUUCUUUGACAAACUGAUGGAUAAUUUAGCAGAAAUCGCUACGACAAGCCCCUUCACAAAAAUGUACAUAGUGUCGAGCCAAAAGGAUGCAUUCCAUACAAACAUCUACCCCACUCCAUCGUACAGCAGUCGCAAGAAACACACAAACAUACACUUCCUGCCAGAUCCCAGCACUUUGAACAUCAAUGGAGUGUUCGUAGGCGUCACCAGUACUGACGUACUCAUGCAUAUCAGCCAGGAGGAGAUUUCGCUAGGCUCGGGAGGUGACAAGCUGGCUCGGCUCGCGAGUCACAUACUGGCCCAGCAGUGCUACUACCCGCUGUGGCCGACCUCUCUGUCCGCGGACGCCGCGCUGUGGGCCGCGCAUGCGCAGCUGCCGGCCACUCCGCACCUCCUGGUACUGCCGUCCAACUUCAGAUACUUCGUCAAGGAAGUGAACGGCUGUGUAGUGGUGAAUCCAGAGCAUUUGACGAAAGGAGUCGGUGGCGGUACAUUCGCCCGAAUUUUGAUAACUCCCGAUACAAAUAAACCUAUCAGUAUAGCAGCACAAAUUGUACGGAUUUAACAACUGAUUGUUAAGGCCAUCUUAAAUAUUAGCUUUUAAUAUACUAUAUUGGGGGCUAAUUGAAACAAACAAUGGAUGUGAGAAGGACAUUUAUUAAAAGCUUUAAUUCAUUAAUAAACUUUUUACAAAAUA